AUGGUCAAAGACACUGCCCCCGCAGAGGCCGGAGAGCCCACUGCGGAACCUCAAGUCACCUACGCCUCAGGUCGUGUCGAGCAUCAGGGCCAAGCUGAUUCACCUCCGGAUUUGAGGCUGAUUCACUACAACGACGUCUAUCACUUGGACCCUUCGAGUGCUGAGCCUGUGGGUGGUCUGCCAAGAUUUAUCAGCGUAUGCCGCCAGUACCAGGAAGGCGAGCAGUUCAAGGAUCAGCCUAAAGCCCUGACGCUCUUUUCUGGAGAUGUCUUUAACCCCAGCUUGGAGAGUACCGUGACCAAGGGUCAACACAUGGUUCCCGUUCUUGAUCUGAUUGGAACGGACUGCUCUUGUGUAGGGAACCACGACUUCGAUUUUGGUGUCAAGCAGUUUGAGCACCUCUCAAGUCAGAACAAGUUCCCGUGGCUGCUCGCAAACGUCAUCGACCAUGAUAUCGGCGGUGACACACCGAUUGGCCAUGCGAAGAAGACACAUAUGAUCACCACUUCGAAUGGCAUCAAGGUUGGUCUCAUCGGUUUGGGUGAGAGAGAGUGGCUUGAGACCAUCAACAGUCUACCGCCCAAUCUGGAGUACAGAUCCGCCACCGCCGUUGCCAAAGAGCUCGUCCCGAAGUUGCGGGAGGACGGUGCAGAGAUCAUUGUCUGUCUAAGCCAUAUGCGAGAACCCAAUGACAACAAGUUGGCAGAACAGACAGAAGGACUCAUCGAUAUCAUACUCGGCGGGCACGACCAUUUCUAUGCCCACAGCCUCAUCAAUGGGACUCACGUGCUUCGAUCUGGUACCGACUUCAAGAACCUGAGUUACAUCGAGGCCCGUCGCAAGGAAGAUGACCCUUCCAAGUGGGAUUUUGACAUCUGGCGAAGAGAUAUUGUUUCGUCUAUCGAGGAAGACCCUUCAACACUAAAAACGGUAGAUGAACUCACCUCCAAACUCAACCAGUCGCUGGCAAGACCUAUUGGAUACACAGCUACACCUCUGGAUGCUCGUUUCAGCACAGUUCGCCUUAAGGAGUCUAACAUCGGUAACUUUGUGUGCGAUGUCAUGAGACAGCAUCAUGGCGCUGAUUGCACAAUCAUGGCAUCUGGUACUAUCCGUGGAGACCAAAUCUACCCCCCAGGUGCGAUUCGCAUCAAGGAUAUCACGACCUGCUUUCCAUUCGAGGACCCUGUCGUGUUGCUCAGAGUGACAGGUCAAGCUAUCUUCGACGCGCUUGAGAACAGUGUAGCUAUGUAUCCUGCUCUGGAAGGUCGAUUUCCCCAGGUUUCCAACAUUCGAUUCGAGUUUGAUCCCUCCCGACCUAGAGGGGAGAGAGUGUUGUGGGCGGAAAUUGGUGGAAAGCCGUAUGAGCCGGAGAAACUCUAUGUGCUCUGUACCCGAGGAUACAUGGGACGAGGAAAGGAUGGUUUCACCAGCUUGCUGGUCAAGUCUGAGGGUGGACAAGCGGAGGAGAUUAUCGAGGAAGAAAAUGGCAUUCUUAUCUCGGCCAUGCUCCGUCAGUACUUCAUGGGUCUUUUGACAGUAGGACGAUGGAAGAAUCUUGCGCAACAUUGGGUCAAGGUUGCCCAAAAAUGCGAGACCCCCGUCUCACCCGUCCGAACCACUUUCAACGUCGACUUUCCCAACCUCAAGUCUGUAGCAGAGAAUUUACCCAAGGACAAACGCACCGAAAGUGUGAAAAAGGACGCAAAAGACCCCUGGGGCAGGUUCCUCAAACGCCGCUUCAGCAUCAAUAUGAAGCCCCAUGACGACAACGAAACCAGCGACGAGGAACUUCAUGAGAAGGACCGCGAGGAGGAAGAGUUUGAGGAUCCCGACGGCGCGAGACUCGACUUCGAGAUUCUCUUGAUGCGCAAGUUCUUCACGAAGUGGGCGCUCAAGGCAAAGGUCAAGACUAGUAUCUGUGAUCCUCUCAAAGAGGGCGAGUACACGGUUGAUUGGACAACCUGCAUUGCUCCGGUGGUCGACGGACGAAUUAUCAUGACCGGAGCUUCUACACCAAAAAAUUAGAUGAGACGUAAUAACAGACGGAUCACCUCAGAGGAGACAUGGGUUACGAAUAGAAC